GGCUGGUGCAGUUGGAAGCUUGACGCAGCCGCCCGAGAGCUCCGAGUGCGGGCUCCAUCCAUCGACGUACGUCCAUUGCUGGGCCAGCUUUCCGCCAACGCCAUAUCCCGCUUCAGAUCCAAAUAACAGGCAAGGUAUCUGGAUAAUCGACUCUUCGGCGUCACCCAAUCACCGGCGACUCUGUAGCGGUUUUGCCCUGCCGUGUUAAUGUACGCCCGCCUGUCACAGGCAGCAAAGCAUCUUUCUGGACCCCGACCCGGCACCGCACCCUGGGCCCUCGGCUUCGCCAGGAGGGGCGCCAUGGCAUCCGCCGACGAGCGCAACUUGCGCACCAUCCACACGGCGGCGUGCCUUAUUAUCGGAGACGAGGUACUUAACGGCAAGAUUGUUGAUACCAAUUCGGCCUAUGUAGCCAAAUGGUGUUUCCAGCUGGGCAUCGACCUGAAGCGGAUUGAGGUGAUUGAGGAUGAUGAGUCGGAAAUCAUGGAGGCCGUCCGCCGCAUGAGCGACCGAUAUGAUUUUGUUGUCACCAGCGGCGGCAUUGGCCCAACACACGACGACAUCACGUACCAGUCGAUAGCCAAGGCCUUUGAGUUGCCGCUCGUCCUGCACCAAGGGGCCUACGAGCGCAUGAAGCGGCUCGCGCGGCCGCACCCCUCGCAGCCCGACUUCAACUGGGACGUGGAGUCUCCGGCCAAGACGGCCAAGCUGAGGAUGGUGGAGGUGCCGACGGACGAGACCCGCGACAUGGACAAGCAGUUCCUCUUCCUCCAGGAGGACCUCUGGGUCCCCGUCUGCGUCGUGAAUGGCAACAUCCACAUCCUGCCCGGCGUUCCCAAGUUGUUCACACGUCUUAUAGAUGGACUCAAGCCGGUCAUCAUGCCGCGGCUGGUGGACCCCGAAGCCAAGGGCAUCUGCCGGAUCAUGAUCUCGACGCCCAUGGCCGAGAGCGCCGUGGCCCCUUACCUCACCGAGCUGGCGGCCCGCGUCGAGCCGAGGGGCGUCAAGGUCGGGAGCUACCCGAGGUGGGAAAAGAAGCGGAACACGGUCACGCUCGUUGGCAAAGACAAGGACUUCAUCGAGACCCUGGUCCCGGAAGUUGUCGAGAACGUCAAGGGCAAGGUCGUCACUGUGGAGGGAGAGGACGACGACCCGGACGACAAGGAUGAGCCCUUUUCUCAGUAAGGACGCAAGAACAGAUGAGGGAGGGAUGGAGGGAAUAAGGUGGGGAUGGCAGGCAUUGCCUCGGUAACAGAUUCUGAGAGCCCGAGUUGACCGAUAUUUCGCGUCAGUCUUCUCUUUUGACAUCAAGAGUCAUGUAUGUACAUGUGUUGAAGAGGGAAGCACCAGCCUGACCAUGUCCUCGUGCACGGUGCAUAGGUGGAUACUACCUCGAUGGAGCCCGCGAUGGCCGCACGCACGAGGCGUGCGGGAAUGCAGUGGGGAUCCCUUUUUGCCUGCAGAGCGAUCGUCCAUCUCGCGUUUUCUCUCUUUUGGGAUGGGCGGCGGAUGAAUGACACGAGCGGUGACGAGCCCUUGCUUCUCUUCGACAACGAACCGCAGCGGGCUUUUCUUCUCACCCAACCACACAAGAAACGCCCCACCAGGUAGUCGCGAGGCACGCAGCGCGAUUGACAGCCCAACAGGACCUAGACAAGGGCAGAGCUGCAAUCAAGAUCAACGAGCUUGAUGGGACCCCACCCCUCGAUAGCCCCCAAAAGCCAAGCCUGGGCGUCAAAUUUUCUAGAAGGCCUGGCGGAACGCCAUGCCCCAGGGGCAAGGGCAAGAAAAGGAGAUUGAUCUCACCAGGCGGGCGGGCCGUCACUCUUCGAUCCUUAUCGUUUUACCCACGAGGCUUGGGCGGGAGAAUCUUCAUUCUCGCUGCGUGCUGCCCGCGCUGAACGAUGAGACUUUGGCAAGGAAAAAAAGGAAAAGAAACAAAAAGCAGACAGCAUCAAAUUACCAAACUAGUGCUGUGAUGAUAUUGAGUCUGCAGUUCGUCAAAGUCGCCGUCUUUAUCAUCUCCGCGCACUUGUGCCACAGUAUCACCAGGAUCCACCGAGAUCGAC